AUGGAUACCUCAAAGUCCAUCAACCCUUCGGACCUCUUUUCAGCAAAGGGCCUUACUGUUGUCAUCACAGGCGGAGGAAGCGGUAUUGGUCUCGCCUUUGCUACAAGUCUGGCUGGAUCUGGAGCCGAAAAGGUGUACCUACUCGGUCGCAGAGUCAAGAACCUCGAAGACGCUGCCAAAUCAAUCAACCCCGAUAUCGUCAAACCCAUCCAAUGCGAUGUUACCGACCCCUCCUCCGUCGACGCAGCCGUCAAGCAAAUUGAAAAAGAGUCCUCUCACAUUGAUGUCCUGAUCAAUAAUGCUGGUGUGCUUGGCCCAGACCACAAAGGUAUCGACAAGGCACAGAGCAUCCAGGAGUUGCAAGAGAUCAUGAAGAGGGAUUGGUCAGGUUGGGACACUUCAUUCCAAACAAACACAUCUGCCAUUGUCAGCGUCAGUGCUGCUUUCUUGCAUUUGCUCGAUGCAGGCAACAAGAAGAGAGGCUGGGCUACGGGAAGAAGAGAAGUGCAAGAGAGGGCUGAAGGCGCAAACUACGAUGCAAACGAUCCGAGAACAAGUCAAAUCAUCACCGUCGCCAGUAUCGCAUCUUUCAAUCGCUUCGUUACCGCCGGUCUGGCGUACUCGGCGACCAAAGCCGGUGCUGCUAUGCUAGGCAAGGCAUUGGCUACUUUGCUUGCUCCUUUCGGCAUUAGAAGCAAUGUCAUCGCUCCGGGCAUCACUCAAAUCCCUGCGAGCAGAUCUGGCUCGUACGAGGACAUGGCCAGUAUGAUCUUGUUCCUCGUUGGCAAGUCCGGAGCCUACCACAAUGGCAAUGUACAAGUUAUCGACGGCGGUCGCCUGAGCAUGAUGCCCUCGACAUACUAA